CCGCACUGGGAGGAGAUCGGCCCAGAGCUACUCUCUGCGAUCCAUAGGUCGAGAAUCUCUAUCCCCAUCUUCUCGAAGAACUACGCUUCGAGCAAAUGGUGCCUCAAGGAACUCGUCGAGAUCGUUGAGUGCAAGAAAACCAUGAAUCAAGAUGUCCUGCCCAUCUUCUACGAUGUUGAUCCCGCCGACGUCCGUCACCAUACUGGGACCUAUGCGGAGGCUCUUCAGGUACACAAUAAGCGUGUCGAUCAGAGGAUCAUUGACGAGUGGAAAAAGGCUCUCACAGAGGUUGGGGGAUUGAAGGGAUGGGAUUUGAAGAACAUCGAUGGAGGGAAUGAAGGGACAUUAGUAAAAUCAGUUUUUGCAACAGUUUCCAAUAAAUUGGAAAAAGAUUUCCUGGUUGUUUCUAAGGACCUAAUUGGAAUGCAAUCUCAUGUAGAAAAAAUGAUGAACUUAUUAAACAUUACAUCAAAUGAUGUAAAGAUUGUGGGAGUAUGGGGACUUGGUGGGAUUGGCAAGACAACUAUUGCCAAGGUUGUCUAUAAUAAAAUCUUAAAUAACUUUGAAGGAUGUUGUUUUCUUGAAAAAGUUGGAGAUACUUCACUUAUUGAUUUGCAAGAUCGACUUCUGUCUGGAACAUUGAAAGGAGAAAGAUUCAACAUAACUAAUGAAGACAAAGGAACUAAUAUGAUUAAAGAAAGACUUUGUAGGAAAAAAGUUCUCAUUAUUCUUGAUGAUGUGGAUGAAGAGUCUCAAUUAGAUAGAUUAGUCGAGAAGUGUGAUUGGUUAGGUUCGGGAAUUAAGAUUGUAAUCACAGCAAGAGAUAAGGUUAUCUUCGUUCAGCAUGAAACAGAUGAGAUAUAUCUCUUCAACUAUUUUCUAGCUGUGCCUUCAGAAGGGACCAAAUAUCUACAGACUAUCUAGAUCUCUCAAAAGACAUGGUUAAGGAACUUGGAGGGCUUCCCUUGGCUCUUGAGGUUAUAGGUUCAUCUUUAUAUCGCAUGGAAAAAUCAGAAUGGGAAGAGACAUUGAAGAAGUUGCGAGAUCAUGUUCUUGAUGUUCCUAAAGUUUUAAAAAUUUUGAAGGCAAGUUAUGAUGGAUUAUCGUAUUAUGAGCAACAAAUAUUUCUUGAUAUCGCAUGCUUUUUCAAUGGAAUGGAUAAAAAUACUGCCUGUUUGAUAUGGGAACAACGUGAGUUUUUCCCUAAAAAGGGAAUUAAUGUUCUCUAUCAAAAGUCUAUGGUGAAGAUUGGUAAUAAUAAUGAACUAAAGAUGCAUGAUUUGCUUAUAGAUCUUGGAAGGUAUAUCAUUUAUCAAGAAAAUAUUAAGGUGCCCGAAAAGCGUAGUAGGUUGUGGUCUCACAGGGAAGCCUUAAAAGUUAUUGGAGACACGUAAGGUAUUUUCUCAAUAAAUGGUUAGCACACUUUAUUUUAUGCUUCUAAUUAUUGUUGAUGUUACGUGCCAGUAAGAGAUAAAGUUUGAUAGAUCUUAUUUUUCCAUUCUUUAAGGUUUCAUAAAUUUGAUAUAAGAGUAUUGUUUUCUUUCUAAAAACCAAAAUGUCAUGGAGGUUGGUGAACUUGUUGCGGCAUAGUAGUGGUAGACAUGGUGGGUACAUAUUAUAGAAGAUCCUGCACUCAUUUCAAUGGUGAAGUUUCAGCCCUAUAUGAGCAUAUAAUUGAAAUAUAGUUCAUAAGAUUUUGGAUCUCACACCCUCUAUGGGUGUGGAGCACACUUCUAGUGCACGGGACGCACACCCCAUGGAGGGUGAAGAUCUGUCCCCACCAUCCCCAUGUGGGGAGCUGAUCCGGACUAACAACCGAAAAAUGCUACAGACCUUCAUUGUCUAAUAUAAAAGGAAGUGGCAUUUUUGCAAUUCUUUCUUCCAUUGGAUGCAGUAUUGGUCCAUAUAACAUGCUUAUUUUGGGUUAAAAUUUCACAAAUAAAGUUGGCUGGGGUUCUUUACAAUGUUGGCUCACCAGGUCCAAUGUCAGGUGAUUCAUAAAGCACAAGAGUUGAUCUAACACCAUGAACCUGGAAAUUUUUUUGUACUUAUUAAAGUUUUUUGUUUAAUUAUUUAAAAUUCUUUGUUUUAGGGAACGGAUCAAGUUGAAGGGCUCUGCAUUGACUUUCGAAGUAGUUCAAGUAGUCAACCCUAUUUGACGAGUGAAGGAUUUACUAAAAUGACUGAACUUAGGUUACUUCAAGAUGAUUAUGCAGAGUUUGCUCCAGACUUCGUGCCUUCUUUUUCAGGACUGAUAUGGCUUAGAUGGAAAGGAUGCCCUCGAAAAUUUACUCUAAAGAAAUUUCAUCCAGUGAACCUGGUUGUUCUUGAUCUGUCAUAUAGUCUCAUCACAAAUUACUGGAUGGGUUGGAACCACAUUAAGGUGGCAAAAAAUCUAAAAGUUCUGAAUCUGACAGGGUGUCGACACCUAUUAAAGACUCCUAAACUAGCAAAUUGGCUCUUGGAGGUCUUGAUUCUUGAAAAGUGUGAAGUAUUGGCUAAAACUGACAAAUCUUUCAAUUAUCUUGAGAGCCUAGUCAGAUUGAACAUGAGGGGAUGCAGAUAUCUAAGGGAUCUCCCAUAUGGCAUCGGGGGUUUGAGUUCUAUCAAAUUUCAAACGCCUUGACUUACAUCGAUGCGAAGGACUUGAAAAGUUACCGGAUUCCUUAGGUCUUCUGAAAAACUAGAGACUUUGGAUGCCAGCUUUUGUUAUAUCAAGGAUGGGGGAAUUCCGAAUGAAAUAGGCGUUCUACCCUCUUUGAAAAUCUUGAGACUAGGUGGAAACAAUUUUCAAAGCCUACCUAUGACACUUUCUAACCUUUCCUUGCUCCAAACACUUGAUUUACGGUUCUGCAACAAACUAAAGUCACUCCCCGUGUUGGUGGGGUUGAGAAAUUUAGAGAGAUUAAAUGUUGGUAAUUGUCAGAACUUAGCAGAGAUUGAAGGGCUCGAAGGGUUGGAGUCCCUAGAGCUGUUGGAGAUGAUGAACUGCAUAUCAUUAAGAAAAAUUGGGAAAAUAUCCGUUUUGGGAAAACUGAAGGAAUUAACAUUCACAGAUUACUCAAUGUUAUCCGAGAUUGAGUGCCUCGAGGGGACUCUCUGGAGCUGUUGACAAUAAAUGACCGUGGAUCAUUAAGGAAAAUUGGGAAAAUAUCCAACUUGAAAAAACUGAAGGAAUUAAGACUAAUGAGCUGCUGGAAUUUACUUGAGAUUGUGGGCCUUGUGGGUUUAGAUUCCCUGGUGCUGUUGAAAAUAAGUUAUUGUGAAUUAUGUUGGAUUGAAGGCCUUGAGAAUUUGGUAUCUUUGGAAAAACUAAUCCUGGAUAAUUGUCGUAUGGAAAGAUUACAAGAUCUCUCCAACUUGAGAAACCUGAAGCAUUUAAAUGCUCGCAAAUGUAGAAAACUAAUGGAGAUUCAGGGCCUCGAUCACUUGGAAUCCUUGGAGACCUUGGAUUUUGGGUGGUGCUUGUCUAUGGAAAGAUUACCAGAUCUCUCCAACUUGAGAAACUCGAAGCAUAUAAAUGCUCGCCAGUACGAAAAACUAUAAGAGAUUCAAGGCCUCGAUCAAUUGGAAUCCUUGGACACUUUGGAUUUUGGGCGGUGCUUGUCUAUGGAAAGAUUACCAAAGCUCUCCAACUUGAGAAACUUGAAGCAUUUAAUUUCUCACAAGUGCAAAAAACUAAUGGAGAUUUAAGGUCUCGAUCGAUUGGAAUCCUUGGAGACCUUGGAUUUGGGGUGGUGCUUGUCUAUUGAAGAUUACCAGAUCUCUCCAACUUGAGAAACUUGAAGCAUUUAAAUGCUCGCCAGUGCGAAAAACUAACGGAGAUUCAAGGCCUCGAUCGAUUGGAAUCCUUGGAGAUAUUGGAUUUGGGGGGGUUCUCAUCUAUGGAAAGAUUACUAGAUCUUUUCAACUUGUGAAACUUGAAGCUUUUAGCUGUUUGCAUGUGCAAAAAACUAAUGACGAUUCAAGGCCUCGAUAGAUUGGAAUCCUUGGAGAUAUUGAAUUUUGGGUGGUGCUCGUCUAUGGAAAGAUUACCAGAUGUCUCCAACCUGAGAAACUUGAAUCUUUUAGAUAUUCGCGAGUGCGAAAAACUAACGGAGAUUCGAGGCCUCGAUCAAUUGGAAUCCUUGGAAAACUUUCGACUUUGGAGAUAAGGAAGAACGAAUCUCAGGUCUAGAGAGGAGGGCCUUUGUUCAUCCCUGUUAACCAGAGAAGGUUGAGCAUUUGACGGUGGAACAAAAGACCAGGGGAAGAGUGCAGCAAAGGUGAUCUGGAAACGGAGACAUCUGCUUUAGAUGUGGAGCCAAACCAAGUGGGGACCGGGGGAAAGGGGAGUAAUGGGAGUGCUUGAAUUUGAGGCUUCUGCUUCAGGUGUUGGACCCUCAGAUCGUGAGGAUUGGACAGUUCUUAUCAAUUAAUCCUAACAGCAUGGAGGGGUAUUGUGUGCUUAAUUAUAUCAGAGUCUUAUCUACUCGGAGGUUUUUGAUUUAGAUGAUAGAAACUGAAAGAAACCCAUUGGCACAUAGCUAUGGUUGGGCUCACAUUCAUUCAGUUGGCUGCCCAAGUGACCUUCCUGAAAUACAACCUCUGUUAAUAUCGUACAAUCUGCAGGUAAAAACUAAAUCAAAGCGUCUCUAUACAUUUAAGGACUCCUCUCACAAACCUGAGUAGAUCCCUUUUUUCUUUUUUGUUGUGUGUGAGAGCUUCUAGUUGUAACCACAUUGCUUACAAGUUGAACUGUAACCUUGGACCUGAUUCUGUUUCGUGGCAUCUCAAAUGGGGCUGAAAAUCUGCUGACAUAUAGAUCCCAAUGUCACAUAUACACAUGUCAAGUUUCAGCCCAAUCAGAGUCUGUCACAUAGCAAAACAAAAAUCAGGACUAGAAGAGGAUGUGUAGGACUACAGUAGUGUGCGCGGAUAUAAACAAAAGGCUAUGAUAUUAGAUGGAAAAGUAAAUGAUUGAAUUUGAGGUUGAAAUUUGACACAUGGCCGAGCUAUUAAUUUUCCUAUAUGGCUAUAUCUGACAGAAAAUUUGCCUUAUCAUUCUUCCAUGUGGCAAAAUAAGUGAUGGUUACAAAUUCCCUAUAUGUUAAACUUAUCAGCUGCUAGAUGCAUGCCUAGAGUUCCAGGAAGCAGCAAGGCGAACCACCUAGAAAGCCUUAUUGAAUAGAAGUUCUUUAACAAAACUAUUUUUGUGUUCGGUGCACCUGACUGACUCAUUGUUGGCUACUAACUGCUUUUGUGGACCUUGUAGAGUCCUUUUGGGAUGGGUUUGAUGUUGCAAAGAGACUAGAUAUGAUUAAGACAUUAGAAUCUGAAUUUGCAUAUUAUAUAUUUUGUGAACUUGUGACUUUAUGUUGAGCAAAUUUUGUGUUUUUAUUUUGGUUUUGUGGUAGAAGGUAAAGACAAAUUUCUCUUUUGCUGUUUGUAGGACUUGAAUCCACUAUAUUUGGUAUGCAAGUCACAUGCUCUACCUGGCUAUUAAGGCAAAGAAGCAUGGAGUAUGGAUUCUUAGUAUGGGUCAGAUAUGGUUCUACUUCUGGAUUCAAGGUGGAUUCAUUUGAGAAUACAAUUUAAUACCUGAGAAUUUGGUUCUGGAAGUGAGACAUCCAAGCUUUUACAAAUUCUGAUCAGGUAUACCCAGACACAGAGGAUGGCUUCUUAAAACACCCAACAAUGAUUGAUAUAUCCAUGGUUAAAUAUGAUCUGUUGUAUAUGGUUAUAUUAGCGUGGGUUUAUUGUUUGCUUAAGCUAUGAUUCACAGAUGCUCUUGUUUUUGCAACGACUUGUGAAGGUCCAUACAUUGUAAGCUCGAGCCAUCAAAUUGGAUGAGACAACAACAAGGAAUUCCUAGAUGUUGAGCCAUUCUAAAAAUCAAAAUCCUAUGCUAAUGCUCGCUCCUUACAAAUGCUAUGCAUAAUCAUUUUCGGACUGAUCCAUACUCAAUGACCACCCUUGGAUCCACAUGCUUCAAGAUAUCCACCAUACUCAUGGCCUGAAAGUUCUUUCAUCGGACCCGAGAGAGCACUGGGGUAAGGAUUGUUAUAUUCUUGUUCUGUGAAAGGUUUUAGAGUUUUCACAUUUUGAGCUAAGAACUUUAAUUUUGUCGCGCAAGAGGUAAGGUUUUCCUCCCAUUUUGCUAGAUUUUCCAUUUUCCCCAAAUUUUCUUCUCUGUGAAACCCUAACUAGGGAUUUAUGUGAAAUUUCUUGCAUUCUUUUCAAA